AGCUUCCGACAGGAGAUCGGCUUUGGUACUAUCUAGCUUGGGUUACUCUGUCCUGAUUCCUACUUGUGUCCUUUGCCCCCUGAUAAACGCUGACAUGUUGAGCCUCAAGGCUCUGCUCCUCCUUACGGCAUCAUUUCUGCCAUUGGCAGUAGGUGGAUCUCCCCUUAACUCUCGGCACUCUUCACAGACCUACGCCAAAUGCCAAAGAAAGACAUCCAACCCCUUGGCAGGAUGCCCUCCGAAGACCAUCUACGUGAGCCAGAAUGACACCAGGGCCAGCUUCAAGUCAAUCCAAAGCGCCAUCUCUUCUAUCCCGAACAACACCGAGCCCUAUUUCAUCCUCAUUGCUCCUGGCGUCUACACCGAGCAGUUGAAUGUCACUCGACGAGGGCCGCUGGCCCUUCUGGGCAUGUCCGACCGCCCGUCGAGAAGGCAGCCGUACUCCGAUAUCAGCACCGAUUCGAGCAGCCAGAACGAAGUCCAGGUGUACUGGAACUCGGCCAACCACGAUGCCCUGUUCCUGGACAACGCGUACACGCAGACAUUGACGGUUGCGCCAAAUCUGAACGCCAGUCUCACUGGUGCCGGCCCUACCGGAUUCGCCGUUCCCGCGGACACGCCUUUCGGUUGCACUGACUUCCGAGCCUACAACAUCGAUUUCCACAAUGAGUUUGUGCCCUACUCGUACGGACCGGCCCUUGCCGUAGGUGUCAGCUACGCGAAUGCCGGGUUCUACUCGUGUGGCUUCUACAGCUGGCAGGACACUGUAUACGUCGGCAAGCUAGGCAACGCCUACUUCUACGACAACAUCAUCGCCGGCCAGACCGACUUCCUCUACGGCUUCGGCACGGGCUGGAUCGAGCAGUCGACCCUCUCACUGCGCAGCUGCGGCGGCGGCAUCACGGCCUGGAAGGGCACCAACACGACGUUUCCCAACAAGUACGGCAUCUACAUCGCCAACUCGCGGCUGAUCGCGGCCAACGCCAGCAUCGCGGCCGAGAUCGCCGGCAAGUGCGCGCUCGGCCGGCCGUGGAACGCCCAGCACCGCAGCAUCUUCAUGCACUCGUACUUUGACGCCAGCGUCAACCCCCGGGGAUACGUCCAGUGGGGCAGCACCGACCAGCGCGUCAACAACUACACCUUCAUGGCCACCUACAACAGCUACGGUCCGGGCUACAACGCCACGGCUGAGCGGGAGAGCAACAUCACUUUGGUGCUGGACGCGAAGGGUGUGGCGCCGUACAGGAAGCCCGUCGAUGUCUUCAUGACUCCCGAAGGCAGGCAGCCUAAUGUUGCGUGGAUCGAUUCUUCGGUGUUGUAGGAUGCUGCAAGGACUCGCCGCGGCUGGGAGGGGUGGAUUUCAAUAUCUAAGACAGUACAGAAGAGUAAGGGCUGUAAGGCGCUAGUAGUGCAAAACCGAAUGAAACC